GCCUGCCCGGUCUCGGCCCCCCGGCGAUCCCGCCCGGGCCGCCCCGCUCCCGCCGGUCCUCGUCUGCCCACCCUCCCCAGCCUCCAUCCCGUGCCCUCACCGUUGCGGCAGACGGCGGGCUGCGGGCAGAGCGGGCUGUUGCAGGGCACGCUGGGCCGCAGGCAAGGAGACCAAAGUACAGGAGGAUUGAAUAAUUGCCCCAGGCCACACACUCAAGCAAGACUUGGAACCCAAGGAGUUUGGUUACAGAGUCCAGGCAGUAAUGACCCAGCCAUGCCACCUUUCUGCUGGUAAACGGCCAGGACAGGGAGACCACGUGGGGACCCCAGCUGCUGCAGGAGAGAGCCCUGUAUCUUCAGGAGAAUUGCCAUUUUGCCAGAAAGAACAGCCAUCAUGGUGGGAAGCCAGAGCUGGGACGUCAGCUCUAGGAAACGGGCUGUCUCUAAAGGUGACUGAUCCACUGGUUGCUCUUCCCUGCCCUUCAUCGCACCUGGCUGCUCAUGCUUAGAAGUUGCGUUUGCUCCAGCUGCCUACGACAAGCAUCCUUCAUGACUGCGCUGAAUGCCUUCCAUCACUGUGCCCAUGUCACUUCUCUCUCUAGCCUGUCCUUUCCAUUCUCUUCACUGUUUAUCGAACUCUACUCAUGGAUUUAGGCUCGGCUUAGGCUCACCACUUCCCCCAAACCUUCCCAGAUACCUUCCCAGGCAAGAUGCAUAUGUUUGUCCUCUGUGCUCCUGUGUACCUGGGUUGCAGAAUAUCUCUAUCUCAUGUGUUACAGAAGGUGUCGUUCUAGGUGCUGGAUAUAUGGUGGCAAACAAAACAAAGUGCCUUUCCUGGCGGACCUUGUGUUCUACUGGACACAGGGGCCACAGGCCUUUCAGCAUUGCUGGAGGACCCAGUGCAGAGCAGGGAGUGAUGGUGGAGGAAGCCAAAGAGGAGGAGGACAGUUUGUUUUACGUGGAAGAGUUGAGUUGAUACCCUACCUACUUCCACAAAGGACCUGAGGCACAUAAAAAGGGCCCAGGAUGGUGCUCUCAGUGGCAGGGCUCCUUGUCUGCUCCCUCCUGCAAACCGUCCUCUCCCUCAACCCCGAGGACCCCAACGUGUGCAGCCACUGGGAGAGCUAUGCCGUGACCGUCCAGGAAUCGUACGCACACCCCUUUGAUCAGAUCUACUACACGCGAUGCACAGACAUCCUCAACUGGUUCAAGUGUACCAGGCACCGGAUCAGUUAUAAGACAGCGUAUCGGCGUGGGCUCCGGACCAUGUACCGGCGGAGGUCCCAGUGCUGUCCUGGCUACUAUGAAAGCGGAGACUUCUGCAUACCCCUGUGUACAGAGGAAUGUGUGCACGGCCGCUGCGUUUCCCCGGACACCUGCCACUGUGAGCCCGGCUGGGGAGGGCCCGACUGCUCCAGCGGCUGCGACAGCGACCACUGGGGCCCCCAUUGCAGCAGCCGGUGCCAGUGCCAAAACGGAGCCCUGUGCAACCCCAUCACCGGUGCCUGCGUGUGUGCCGCCGGCUUCCGAGGCUGGCGCUGCGAGGAGCUCUGCGCGCCCGGCACCCACGGCAAGGGCUGCCAGCUGCCGUGCCAGUGCCACCACGGCACCAGCUGCGAUCCCCGCACCGGCGAGUGCCUCUGCUCGCCCGGCUAUACUGGCGUCUACUGCGAGGAGCUCUGCCCACCUGGGAGCCACGGGGCUCACUGUGAGCUGCGCUGCCCCUGCCAGAAUGGGGGUACCUGCCACCACAUCACUGGCGAGUGUGCCUGCCCCCCAGGCUGGAUGGGAGCAGUGUGUGCCCAGCCCUGCCCACCAGGGACAUUCGGCCAGAAUUGCAGCCAGGACUGUCCUUGCCACCACGGAGGGCAGUGUGACCACGUGACUGGGCAGUGCCACUGCACAGCCGGAUACAUGGGGGACAGGUGCCAAGAGGAAUGCCCCUUCGGGACCUUUGGCUUCCAGUGCUCCCUGCGCUGUGACUGCCACAACGGGGGUCACUGUUCUCCCACCACCGGUGCCUGCAAGUGUGAACCUGGCUACAAAGGCCCACGCUGCCAGGAGCGGCUGUGCCCCGAGGGCCUGCACGGCCCAGGCUGCAGCUUGCCCUGCCCCUGUGAUGCCGGCAACACCAUCAGCUGCCACCCAGUAACUGGAGCUUGCACCUGCCAGCCGGGGUGGUCUGGCCACCAUUGCAAUGAAUCCUGCCCUGCUGGCUACUAUGGCGAUGGCUGCCAGCUUCCUUGCACCUGUCAGAACGGCGCCAACUGCCACAGCGUCACUGGGAGCUGCACUUGUGCCCCAGGCUUCAUGGGGGAGGUCUGUGCAGUUCCCUGUGCAGCAGGGACCUACGGCCCCAACUGCUCAUCCGUCUGUAGCUGUAACAGCGGUGGCACCUGCUCCCCAGUAGAUGGCUCCUGCACCUGCAAGGAGGGGUGGCAGGGCCUCGACUGCACCCUGCCGUGUCCCAGUGGGACGUGGGGCCUGAACUGCAACGAGAGCUGCACCUGUGCCAAUGGGGCGGCCUGCAGCCCCACCGAUGGUUCCUGCUUCUGCACCCCUGGCUGGCUGGGGGACAACUGCGAACUGCCCUGCCCGGACGGCACGUUUGGGCUGAACUGCAGUGAGCGUUGUGACUGCAGCCAUGCUGAUGGCUGCGAUCCCGUCACAGGCCACUGCUGCUGCCUGGCCGGAUGGACAGGCAUCCACUGUGACAGCACGUGUCCACCCGGUCGCUGGGGCCCCAACUGCUCCGUGUCCUGCAGCUGCGAGAACGGCGGCUCCUGCUCCCCAGAGGAUGGGAGCUGCGAGUGUGCCCCAGGCUUCCGAGGACCCUUAUGCCAGAGAAUCUGCGCCCCUGGGUUCUAUGGCCACAGCUGCGCCCAGCCGUGCCCCCUCUGCGUGCACAGCAGCGGGCCCUGCCAUCACGCCAGCGGCAUCUGUGAGUGCCUCCCCGGAUUCUCCGGAACCCUCUGCAACCAAGUGUGUGCUGGAGGGCACUUUGGGCAGGACUGUGCCCAGCUCUGCUCCUGUGCCAACAACGGGACCUGCAGCCCCAUCGAUGGCUCCUGCCAAUGCUUCCCUGGGUGGAUUGGCAAGGACUGCUCACAGGCUUGCCCAUCUGGGUUCUGGGGCCCCGCCUGCUUCCACACAUGCAGCUGCCACAACGGGGCGAGCUGUAGCGCCGAGGAUGGGGCCUGCCACUGCACCCCUGGUUGGACCGGACUCUUCUGCACGCAGCGCUGCCCAGCAGCGUUUUAUGGGAAGGACUGCGGGCACGUGUGCCAGUGCCAGAAUGGUGCCAGCUGUGACCACAUCAGCGGCAAGUGUACCUGCCGCACGGGCUUCACCGGGCGACACUGUGAGCAGAGAUGUGCCCCAGGAACCUUCGGCUAUGGGUGUCAGCAGCUAUGUGAGUGCAUGAACAAUGCCACCUGUGACCAUGUCACGGGCACCUGUUAUUGCAGCUCUGGAUUCAAAGGGAUCAGGUGUGAUCAAGCUGCCCUCAUGAUGGAGGAGCUGAAUCCCUACACCAAGAUCAGCCCAGCACUGGGUGCAGAGCGGCACUCGGUGGGUGCUGUCACAGGCAUCGUCCUCCUGUUGUUCCUCAUUGUGGUGCUGCUGGGCCUGUUCGCCUGGCACCGGCGGCGGCAGAAAGAGAAGGGCCGAGACCUGGCUCCCCGCGUCUCCUACACACCUGCCAUGAGGAUGACCAGCACUGACUACUCCCUCUCAGAUUUGUCUCAAAGUAGCAGCCAUGCCCAGUGCUUUUCCAAUUCCAGCUACCACGCACUGGCGUGCGGGGGGCCUAACACCAGCCAGGCCAGCACUCUGGACAGGAACAGCCCCACCAAGAUCAGUGCCCUGGAGGCCAGGUACCCGCCCGAGGACUUCUACAUUGAACUUAGACACCUCAGCCGCCCCGCUGAGCUACACUCACCAGGUGCUUGUGGAAUGGAUAGACGUCAGAACACAUACAUUAUGGACAAAGGCUUCAAAGAUUACAUGAAAGAAUCCGUAUGCAGUUCUAGCACUUGUUCCUUGAAUAGCAGUGAAAACCCUUAUGCCACAAUUAAGGACCUGCCCAUCCUCACCUGCACGUUUCCAGAAAGCAGCUACGUAGAAAUGAAGUCGCCUGUGCACACGGGGUCUCCGUACACAGAUGUGCCAUCCUUGUCGACAUCUAAUAAAAAUAUAUAUGAAGUUGAGCCCACAGUCAGUGUGGUCCAAGAAGGCCGUGGUUGUAACUCCAGCUAUAUCCAGAAUCCAUACGACCUACCUAGGAACAGCCAUAUUCCUGGUCAUUAUAACCUCCUCCCAGUAAGACAGAGCCCUGCCAAUGGGCCGUCCCAGGACAAGCAGUCUUGAGGGAUAAGCCUCUCUCUUGCAAUGUGCUCUGCUGAAUAUUCUCUGACUCUCUGAAAGAAGACAAUCCCUUGACUUGAAAUAAUGGUACAAACUGACUCCAGCUGCGUGUUAGUUAUAACGUUCACCUGGAACUAAAGAAGAGCUUCCAAGUGGGACUGGGGUAACUGUUCAAAAGGUCCGUUCUCAAAAGCAAAUUCUACCACCCACCCACCCCCAAUCCCAAAUGCCACGGAUUAUAUGAUCUUUUAAAACAUAAAGAUAAAGCUACUCAUCAACAUCAGCUAAAUAUAUACAUAUUAAUAUUUAUAUAUUAAAUUAUCUGAAACAUGAUGCUUAGAAAGCAUAUAGAAUAGGUUUUACCAAUUUUCCUAGGAGUAAAGGGGACUGGGGAGGAGAAGGGAUUACUUUAAAGCACCUGAAAUGUAUAUGUGCUUUUGGUUCCUGUUACCGUCACUUAGAUUGUUUUAUACCUAAGAUAAUUAUACCUAAGAUAAUUAGUACAUAGACACAAACUGUGCUAAUAUCAAUCCUAAAGUACCUGUACAUAUAUGUCAAGUCAAUCAAAUUAUAACUGCCAAGAUUACAGAGUUUAGUAUACAGUCUAAUGCUGACAACUUCCAUUUUUUAAAGUAAGACUUUAAUGAAUACAAAUUAACUUUCCCUCUUCUGCCCCUGGUGGUAGUAGGAGGAAAAAAAAGUUUCCAAAGUGCAACAGCCGCUUUCAGUCAAACAAUGAUUUCUAGGCCAGCUUUACAAAAUCUUGCCAAUUCAAAGUUCAAGAACAUUGCAAGCCAGUCCUGGCCUUGUCAUAUCUCCUUAGUCCAUCCAACACCUGAGUUAUUCCAUGCAAAACGGAACUCUGAGAUGAUGCCUUUAAGCAAGCAGUCAUAGACUGGUAAGAAUUAAACAUCCCUAAAAAUGGUUAUUCGGCCUCCAGAAUUUAUUUGAGUGGCAUUCCUUGACUCAGAAGAGUACAUGCUGUCAAGCGUAUCUUCAUAAAUCUUGAGCUUGAUGUAGUAUGGAACCUAAAAGUGUAGAGGAAAUUAGACAAAAGUGGAUACAGGAAGUUUAAGUUGUUUUAAGUACAUUAUGCUUUUUGAUGGAACUAAAUGAAAUGAUCAAAGAAGAAUGGACUGUAAUCAAUUGCUAUAACAUGAUGUAAAAACUUAACAUAUAAGUAUAUGAAGUACUUCUACUUUCAAAGGACCACCUACUGACAUGGCCAAAAAUGUAUUACAAUGAGCUAAUGCUCCAGAUCCCAGUACUCAGGUGUAUCUAUACUUCCACUCUAAUGAAUAUAAGUAAACUGGGGCUCGGAUGGGUCAAAAAGGAGCCUCUCCCAAGCCCUAAAGAGGACCUCCUCACAAGAAUUAAAGACCAAAAGGGCAAAGCAGGGAAACUAAUGACCACCCUAUACCACUCCAUUCUCUGAUUAACAGUCCAGGCAGUAAAAAAUACUUCCAAAAAGGUAUACAGAAGAGGAACUAAGUGACUGUAAAUGACUGCAAAGCUGGAACAGCUGCUACAGGAAAUGUGGGAGUUCUGAAGCCGUUGAUACACAUUGGAAGUCUGCCAUGGAACCCAUUAGUUUGGGCAAUAACCAGCAAAAGCAAGAAAAUAAAUAAAUGAGUAAAUCCUCCCUCCCCCACUUCACUCAAGGCUUAAGCAAAUUUUAUCGUUAGGGGAAAAUAUAAUACUUACAUGAAUGCUGCAUGUAUGCAUGGGAGCAAGUGAUCAGCAAUAGCAAAUUUACUUUCAAAAAAGGCCUUAUUAAAAUAUAAAUACUAGAAAAUUACUUUGUAGGCCCAAGUAAAUAUUUCUCAUACAUAUAUAGGAAGAAAUAUAGAUAAGAGACUUACCUCAGUAUUUCAGGGCAGCAAGUGCUCAAAUAUCUUUCUCAAGUAAGGAUCAAGAAGCAUGGUGAAGUCAGAUCAGCAAGGAGAAACUUCGUCUCAAUCCCAGGUUUUAUUUUCUUCCCUUAGCCUGCAUGUACAAUAACUGCUGCCUGGCAAACUGCAAACAAGCACUCAAGUUUCGUUUCACCUCUUUUUUGCCAAGUAUCUUCUGGCAAAAUUCAGCAAGAGGUGGCAUGGUGGAAUUGCUAAAGCAUUGGGUCGAGAUUUGAGUGUUACUUGCCCUCUCUGGGUUCCUUUUUUUCUCCCAUGUGUUGAAAAAAAGGGAGAAGCAGAGAAAGGUAAGGGAGCUCUGACAACCCUUCAGCUUUAGCAUUCUAUGAUUUUUAAAGAAAUGUAAUACAACUCAAAUCAGGCAAUACAGUGGAGAAGGGAAAGGCAGAGGGUGUGAUUAAUCUAUUGUGACAACAGCUGCCUUCACAUAUCUAAGAGUUACUGGUAAAAGACAUUCCAAUUUAACAGAGCACCUACUAGGAACUUCUGUCUAGCACUGUCACAAAUAGGUUCAUGGUCAACCUAAACAUGUGCACUGUGCAUUUUAUUGGCAACAUGGAAAAAUCUGUUCAAUUAUUUUACAGAAAUUAAGUUUUUACUCAAAGUGAUGUGCAUACAAUUCAAAUGAAUAAGAAAAACACAAUUACUGUACAAUAGCAUAAGUGCAACUAUGAAAUGGCAAUACUUUUUUAAACAACCCAGAUUUGUAAUAUAUUUGUUCACUGUGCAGAGGGAUCGUACCUUGUACAAAAUAAAGUGAAUUUCUCAAACUAA